AUGUUAUUAUUCUAUUACGAAUAUGUGAAGAGAAAAACACCGCUUACGGAGAAAUUUGGCAAGUGGGCAGCUAUUAAAGGUUCUACCGAUGGUAUUGGUAAAGAAUAUGCCAAAGAAUUGGCACGACUUGGAUUCAAUGUGGUAUUAGUUGCUAGAAAUGAAAGUAAAUUGGAAACAGUGGCUAAGGAAAUUGAAAAUCAAUUUGGUGUUGAAGUUUUUACAAUACAGGCCGAUUUCUCGCAUGGUCCCAAAAUCUAUCCAAGCCUCUUUGAAGAAUUAUCUAAAAAACCAAUUGGUUUACUUGUCAAUAAUGUUGGCAUGGCCACCGAAAACCCCGACCUGAUGUGGUCACUUCCUUCCGAAUACCUAUGGAAUAUGAAUUAUGUAAAUAUGGCUGCUGCCACUGAAUUAUGCCUACAUUUUGUGAGAGUGUGGCAAAAGAAUGACACAAAAGGUUGCAUUGUAAAUGUAUCCUCGUGUUUGGAAUCAUAUCCAACACCUUAUGGUGGAAUUUAUAGUGCCACUAAAGCCUAUAUGCGUAACUUUACACUGACAUUACAACAUGAAGUUAGACCAUUGGGUAUAACCGUGCAAUUACUAUCGCCUUUCUUUGUAUCAACAAAACUUGUGGAUUUUUCAACGUGGUUACGGCGAGGUAAUCUUUUUGUUCCCGCAGCUGAUGUUUAUGUUCGCGACGCUAUAAGGACAUUGGGAAAGGUGAAUGUGACCACAGGAUAUUUUUGGCAUACCAUUAAUGAUAUGUUCUUUAGAUUAGUACCUUACAAUCAUCGAUCGAAACUUUUGGAACUGUUCGGAAAAUGUUUGGUAUAUAAUUAA